AUGUCCUCUUCCAACCGCCCGAGGCCUUGCAUGAUAGCAAGGAUACCCGACGACAUGGCCGACAAGGACUCCGACUAUGAGAACCAGCCGCACGAGCGGUCGACGAUGCAGCAGGAGAAGGCUGUGAACAAGGCCAAGCAGGACAAGCGCGAGGCGGGCCUACAAUCCGCCCGGUCGCGCUCCUCGUCGCGCCGCGCCCGCCGCAACCGCAUCGAAGAAGACAAGAAGAACGGCAAAUACAUGCACACGACGUCGCUAGAGGCCCUCGAGGAAGCCGACGCAAACGGCGAUCUCCAGAAGAUGGGCAUGUUCGAGCGUAUCGGCCCGGACAGCACAUCCAUGGACGGGCCCGUCACAUAUGCCCGCGCCAUGCGAGGCGAGAUCCCCAUGCGCGGCACCGACCCCAACCAGCCCUACCGCAUGGAGCCGCAGCAAAAGGGCAGCGAGCUCAAGGACCAGGACGGACUGAAGCUGACGCUCGAGGCGAAUCUGGAGAUUGAGAUUGAACUCAAAGCGAGUAUCCGCGGCGAUUUGACUUUGAGCUUGUAG